GUAAAAAAGAUGUCGGAAUCACCGCAAGUGUCUCCGAAAGGAACGCCUGAUGGCGAGGAGAAGAAAGUUCAAACCACCGAGCCUCCAAUAGCGAGCGUCAAAACACCUCUAGACCGCGUUAAAGCCAGUGGAAAUAAAGAAUUACAAAGACAGAGUAGCACAGGCUCCGCUCGGAGAAUUAGAACAAUUAGCAGCAUGAGUAGUGGAUCGAGAGGGAGGUCGGACUCUAUAUCAAGUUACUCCCGCCGACCGAGUUUGAGUCUUGGUCAUGCCGACUCUCUCCCUAUGUUUUUAGAAAAGCCGACCGCGGAAGAUGUGGACCUCGAUCAAGUUGCCAUGGACAAGGAAUUACCAUGGUGGACUUCAAAACGUUUGUUGCUGUCGUUGACAUGCUUUAUCGGUUUCUUCUUCCUGUACUCCGUACGUGUCAAUCUCAGUACAGCUAUCGUCUGCAUGAACAAAGCAACAGACGACGCGUCUAGCAAUACAACAACAACAACACAAACGCCAGCGUUCACAUACGUUAAUACUACGUUAACUAACGGAACUGUUAUAAGCGUCACAGUUCCAACGGUAUCAACUACAGCAGAUCCGGAUGUACUUGUUUGCAAACUGUUAACUGAAUCGAAAGAUCUAAAUGCAGAAUUUGCAUGGUCGAAAGGACUUCAGGGACUUAUUCUAGGAGCGUUUUUCUGGGGUUACACCGCCAUGCAAAUCCCUUCGGGAUUUCUUAGCGACAGAUUCGGACCAAGGAUUACCGUGGCAUGUGGGAUGUUCCCUGUUGCUAUUUUGACCAUAUUGUCACCAUGGUUGGCAAGAGGAAGUCCAUAUCUUUUGCUUGUUGGAAGAGUGUUCAUAGGUGUAGGAGAGGCAAUGAUGUACCCAGGUAUGCAGUCACUGUGGGCAAAGUGGGCUCCACCUCAUGAACGAAGUAGACUUGUCGGAUUCGCAUUUGGAGGGUCACAAUUAGGAAACGCCCUGACCUUCCCAUUUGCUGGGCUGUUAUGUGCGUAUGGUUUUGAUGGAGGGUGGCCGUCUGUGUUUUAUGUAACAGGUACGCUAUGUUUGCUAUGGUGUUGUCUGUACGUGUUCUUUGCGCGGGAUAGCCCCGGGGAGAUGAAAGGAAUUAAACCAAUUGAACGGAAAUACAUCGAACAGUCACUGGGUGUGUACGGGCAAACAGUCGAGGAAAGACUUCGAAAGCGAGUAAAAAAGUUAAACAUGCAAAGUUGGUCUAAAUUAAAACAAUCGAAUUAUAACGGUGCCUUUUCUAUGAUACCGUAUUUGGUAUUUUGGAUGUUUACUAUAAUUGGCGGGCAGAUUGCUGAUGUUCUUAUUACAAAAGAAAUUCUGACCAUUGAAUGGACUCGGAAAUUAUGCUGUGCUUUAGGCACAGUUAUUCCUGGCAUAUUUUUAGUCAUCACCGGUUACAUGGACUGCGAACAUCAAGUUGAAGCAGUUAUUUUCCUUACACUGUCUAUGGCGUUCUGUGGUUUUCAGUUUAGUUCAUUUUUCAUAAAUCAUGGUGACAUAGCACCGCGUUAUGCAGGAACUGUGUUCGGAUUUACAAAUACAGGGGCCAGCGUUCCCGGUAUUCUUGCUCCAUAUAUUGUAGGUGCGAUCACUCCUAAUAAAACUCGUGAAGAAUGGUUGGUAGCGUUUUAUAUAGCUGGGGCCCUUACUGCUAGGUUAAAGGGCAUAGGAAAAAUUAAAAACAUGUAUAAUAAUUUGGACAUUGUAGGAGAAGUUCAGGACUGGGCUAAAGAAGAGAUUGAUGACUAUGUAGAACCGGAAGAAGAAGCUUAUCCUUUGAAGGGUAUAAAAGAGGACGAUGAAGAUGAUGAUGGAAAUAAAACGGAAAAGAAUGGACUCAAGUCGGAUUAGAUGGAGUAAUAGAUUUAAAAGAAAAUAAAUCUAUAACAUCACUGAAUGUAAGAUUCACGCGCUUAGUUUUUAGAUUUUCAAUUACAAUGUACAACCUUAUUUUAAGAUCUUGAUAGUAGGAAAAUAGAUGGACUUAAAUUUAAGAACAUUUAAGAAAAAAUGCUUUAUACUAUGCCAAUUUAAACGGUUAUGUAUAAUGCUAUGUUGACGUUAGAUUAAUCGUAACCGUGAAAUCGGUAAACGCACGUGGUGCAGAUUGUUAUUGGAUCGUAAGUGGAUAUUUGACUAUCAUUGGACUAUGAUUGGACAACUUUUGUCUAAAGGGUUGCAAUUUUUGUGUUAUAUCGUAGCGACGGUUUAUGAUUGUGUUCUUUCAAUGAAAGAAACUGACAUAGGUUAGCAAUCUCCAUUAUACAUAUUGCUAUGGUAAAUAAUGGUGUUUUAAAACUAAGUUUCUUCCGAUGUUGUUAAAAGGUUUGCAAUCUCGAAUUUAUUUUGUGUUUUUUCUUUCUUUUGUUGUUGUUUUGGAAUGUAUUUGUAAAUUGUUUAUAAGUAUAGCUACUGUAUUUGUUUGGACAACUGUAUUCAAUUAUUGUUUUCUGUCAACGAAAAUAUUUGAAAGGAGAAAUUAAAUUUCCCCUGCAAUUAUAAAUAGCAAUUAAUAGUAUCUAACGAAGUUACAAUGUAACAUUUAUUUCAGUUCUUAUUGUGUUUUAAGAAACAUACUUACUUGAUAGAUAGCAAUUCGACAGACAUUUUUAGUAGUUGUUCUAUAGAGAUAAUUUUCAUUUUUUUAUAAGUUAAAUUAUCAUUGGCUUGUGUUAAAAACAACCGAGAGAUUUGUAUGGUAACACCGUGUUACUUUUUAAUAUCAAAAACUGAUAUCUUAGGUUACCACAAGAUUUGACGAUUAAUAUAGACUUAUAUUAAUGUAGUCAAGGGAAGUUUGAAAAGGCGAGAUUGUGACGAACUUUAUAACUUUUUUAUGGGAGAAUAACAAUUUUAGUAAAUUACAAAUAAUUUAAGGUUCUUUCUAUAAUAUUUUUAAAUACAUGUUUAAAGUCAGAAUCGGGCUAAACGACAAAAUUAUCAGCGCCAUUAUUAUAUUUAAUAUGAGUGUAGAUGAAAAAACGUGUAAUUGGUUAUAUAACAAUUGAAAAUUAACAUUCAACAUCUUGUGAUAAAAG